CUCCCCUCCCCUCCAACCGUAAACAUAUUAAGAAAAAAGAAAAAAGAAAAAAGAAUCCCCCUCCAAAACCAUACAGUCCCUGAAAACCGCUAAUUUUUGCUCAGAAUCUUUGUCUGACACUCUCAUUUCACUCCGAGUGACAUUUGUCCUAAUUUUAUGCGAUUCUAAGGUUGGCUUUUCAAACUUUGGGGGAAAACUAGGGUUUAUUUUUGGGAGCAGAAUCGGAGACUUUGAUUCUUCGAUGGAGGCCACGGCUGGUGUUGCUACCGGCUGGCGCGGGGCUCAGCCUUCUAUUCCAUCAUUGCGGAAGGAGUGGCGGGCCGUCUCGGAGCACCAUUCAGUUAGGAACGCUGGGGACGAAGUGGAUCUUGAGCGGUCAAAUUUAGGUCAAUCAGAUGAGAGAACAAUAUAUCAACAUAGAAGACAGCCAGCUGAUGUUGACUUUUUUUCCAUCACGGUUGAUGGGAGUUCAGACGGUAGCAUUGUGGAGCAACGACUUCAUGGCAUUGCUAGGCAAAGGCAGGAACUCCAGCAGAUGGAAGCUGAGCUUAGAGCUCAGAUGAUCGCGAGGUCUGAGAUCAAAGUAAUGCAAACCAACUGUAACGCUCAGAUUAAAGAACAUGCCAAUAUCACUGCAAAGCUUCAGGAACAACUCCAUGAACGAGAACAGAUGAUACAUGACUUGGAAAGGAAAAUGGACGAGAAAGACCGGGAGCUACAUUCAAUUAAGUUGGACAAUGAAGCGGCCUGGGCCAAAGAAGAUCUUCUUAGAGAACAAGACAAGGAAUUGGUAACAUUCAAGAGAGAUCGUGAUCAUUCUGAAGUUGAAAGAGCACGGCAUAUUCAACAAAUACACGACCAUCAGGAACAUAUUCAAGAAAAGGAGAGGCAGCUCAUUGAGUUGCAGGAACAGCAUAGGGUUGUUCAAGAGACUAUUAUGUAUAAGGAUGAGCAAUUAAGGGAGGCUCAAGCUUGGAUUGCACGUUUCCAGGAGAUGGAUGCCUUACAGUCAACUACGGCUCACUCGCUACAAGCGGAAUUGCGAGAUCGUACGGAGCAAUAUAAUCAGCUUUGGUUAGGUUGCCAAAGACAGUUUGCAGAGAUGGAGAGAGUUCAUGUGCAUGUGCUGCAACAGCUUCAACUUGAGUUGGCUGAUGCACGAGAAAGAAGGAGAACCUUCAAUGAUGAACCACAUGUUUUACAAUCAAAUUCAAAGGAUGUCUCCCAAUUUAGUCAUAACAAUGUAAACCACCUAAAUGUGAAUGGUGGCGGUGAUGGAUCAAAUGCCAAUACGGGGGCUCUUCCAAAUGGGAUUAUGGAUAAUUUGUCAUCGUUUGUGCCAUCUGGCAACAGGUCGACUCAGAGUGACCAUGUGUCUGGUGUUCCCAUUGCACCGUCAUCUCUACUUGGAAUGCCCACCCACCUUCCACCUGGACAGGUGACUGCCCUGCAUUCCUAUGUUAUGCAUCAACAAGGGGUUCACCAUUCUGUGCCAUCACAUGUUCCUCAAUCUCAUAUUGGGCAACUUCAAUCUGUAUUCAUUCAACAAUGGCAGAACCAGCAGGCUGUAUCUGAGAGUUCACUAAUAUCUGCAGAGGAUCAACUUACACCUUCUGAGGCUGAUCAAAACCCAAGGAGACCAGAUGUAAAUUAUGAAUAUGAAGUGUCUGCUAAUGGACAAGCACUUCGUCCUGACUAUCUGGAUGUCCAUAAGAAUCAAGGAGGACAGCCCGACCCUGUUAACUCAUCAUCUACUGGUGAACCAAAGGUUCUUGAGUCAACUGAUGGAAGUUACCUUGUUGCCCCUCAGACUGAGCAAAUUCUACAACAAAUUUCUUCCCAGUUUUGUGAUGCCUUAAGAUUGUGUCCUCUUGAACAGAAUAGCGAAACAAAGGAGCAAAAUGCUUUGAACUCUGCUAGUAACGGAGCUGAUGUUUUAACUGUAGAACGAAAUUCUGCUGCUAGUACAUCACCAUCUGAUGCUUCGGUGGAAUCUGGGAAUCUCAAUGAAGCCUUGGUCAAUGAUGGCACUGGUUCAGUUAUACCUGAAACGGUUAUCUUCACAGGGCAGGCAAAUACUCUGAAUGCUGCAAAGAUGUUGGAGACUGCUCUUCUUGACGAAAGAUCUCUGCUGGCCUGCAUUGUCCGCACAAUUCCACCUGGUGGUAGAGUUCGGAUUAGUUCAACGGUUAGUGAGUGUGUGAAUGCCUCCAAGGCCAUCAUUUAGCUUCAUUGAGUUUUUUUUUUUUAAAUUUUUUUUACUGUAAAGUCAAUAUGUUAUGAAGAACCAAGAAGUUGCUGAGAAGAAUUACAAGGAGAA